ACAUGUACAUCUCUGAUCUCACCUUGAUGAGAUGAGCUCAUUAAUAUAAAACAAGAGGACACAAUUCUGAUAACAAUCAAUAUCAAUUUUUUUUUCUUGAUAACCGGGGUGUCGGGCCAGCUUGCACGCACCUCGACUAAUCCACGGAGUACCUGCUGCCCCACAACAGCAGAGGUACCGAGUAACAAUCAAUAUCACUGCUAGACGCUAUCCCUAUAUAUCUGCAGAGACUCUUACUAUAUUCACAUGAUAUGGCUGGACUAUCUCCAAUUACAGCAGAUAUAGACUGCAAACCAGUUCAAGAUAUGGUGAAAGAUGGAGAUGAAAUACCGGAUAAAUAUGUAUGCAAAGACUUUCAAUUUGGAACCAUAGAUGAUGAUGUUCCGACAACGGACAUACCGGUCGUUGAUCUGAAGGCUUUGACUUCUUCAGCAGCUUGUGGGAAAGAGGAACUUGGAAAACUUCAAUCAGCCCUUAGCUCAUGGGGUUGCUUUCAGGCAAUAAACCAUGGAAUUGAAGAAUCCUUCAUCGAUGAAGUGAAUAAAGUUUCAAGAGAAUUCUUUGACCUUUCAAUGGAAGAGAAGCAAAAAUAUGGCAGAGUAGCAGAUGAUAUCGACGGAUAUGGAAAUGACAUGGUUCUAUACGAAAAUCAAACCCUUGAUUGGAGUGACCGACUGUAUCUCCUGGUUCAUCCAGAAGACGAGCGCAAGCUCAAGUAUUGGCCUGAAAAUCCAAAGUCACUUAGGGAAAUUUUGGAAGAAUAUAGCAGAAGAUUAAAACUGAUAGCAGAGCAACUCCUCAAGUCUAUAGCAAGGUCUUUGAACUUACCGGAUGAUCGAUUUCUGAGACAAUACGGAGACAAACCAGUAAUGUAUGCAAGAUUUAACUUUUAUCCUCCAUGUCCGAGGCCUGAGCUUGUUCAUGGCCUCAAACCCCAUGCGGAUGGAUCGGCUGUUACCAUUCUCUUACAAGAUAAAGAAGUUGAAGGUCUUCAAGUACUGAAAGACGACAAAUGGUACCGAGUUCCCAUCAUGCCUUAUGCUCUUCUUGUCAACAUUGGAGAUCAAGUAGAGAUAAUGAGUAAUGGACUUCUUAAGAGCCCGGUGCACAGAGCUGCGACAAACUCGGAGAAGGAGAGGAUCACUGUGGCUAUGUUCUGUAGCCCAGAAUCCGGAAGAGACAUCGAGCCUGUUGAGGAGCUAAUUGAUGAUAAAAGACCAAGAUUAUACAAGAAAGUGAAGGACUAUACUGCAACUUACUUCCAAUACUACCAAGAAGGAAAGAGACCAAUUGAUGCUGUGAAAAUCUAGCCAAAUCUAGUACUACUCACGGAUCAUUGCUCUUGACGAAGUAGUUAAGACUUAAUACCAAGAAAUAAGAAAAUCAUCGAAAAUAAAGUUUAAUUGUCUAGCACCCUCCAAACUAGAGUAACGAACAAAUCUUCAACUAUAUUUAAGUGUCUAUCUUCCAA